GAUGUGCUGCUUUCAUCUUCUUUGACAAAACCUGGGAAGAUGAACUUCCGACUGAUAAAACUGGAAACUUUAACAUGAUAUAUAAGUUUCUAAAAGAACACUGGAAGAUAGCCAAAUGGGUUGCUCUUGGAGCUGUUAUCUUUGAGGCUUUGCUUUUCUUGUUAGCCCUUAUGGUUAGGGCAGCAAAUAAACCCGCAGACUAUGACAGUGAUGAUGAAUUUAUUGCUCCAAGGCAACAAGUCAGGCAGCCUUUGCUCAACAGACCAGCAGGUCCUGCUACAGGGGUACCUGUUGCUGGUGCUAUUGAUCAGCGCCCAAGCAGAAAUGAUGCAUGGAGUACACGUAUGAGGGAGAAGGUGAUUUAUUGUAGCAUAACUUUUAUUUGGAAUUUGGCUCACUUUGCUGUGGUUAUU